AUGAAUAAUAAACUUGAUCCGUAUUAAUUAAAUAUUAGUAAAGAAAAUGGCAAUAUCAAAACUAAUAUUUUAAGUAAUGGAGAUUACUCUGCUUCAUAAGGAUUAGAAAAUCAGAUGAACCUCCCAACAGAACUAGAUGGUAUGUGAUGAAUUAAACAAUUUAAGAUUAUGAAGGACCUACUCUCUUUUAUUGCUAUCAUUGUAAAAUGGAUUCAGUAUCAUCUUGUGAAUAUUAGGCUUCAGGAUAAACUUUUCUUUGUGCAUUUCUUUUAUUUUUUAUUCUAAACAUUUUUGGCUGUUUAAUUCCUUAUAGUUCAACUGUAUGUAAAGAUAGAAAACAGAUUUGUCCAAGAUGCAGAAAUAUUAUAGGAAUCAAAUAUUAUGAUGCAUGCGCAUGUUGA